CGAAGGGGCCGCGCAUGCGUACUGCGGGCACCCGCACCCUGCUUGGGCCUGGACCUCGGCAAGUGAUGUCAAAAAACACGUUAUUCUCUCCCCUCAUUCUACUAACCUAGUACGUCUUAAUUUAUAUGGAUUAGUGAUAAACUGUCUGAUAACUGUGCGUUUGGUGAGAAGUGGUUCUUUUGCGACCUCAGUAUAUGUGACUCCCGGAAUUCUGGACUCGGGAACAAUGACAGGGAACGGCUGAUCGCUCGGCGAUGAAUUAUCAAAAGUGAUACAUCUUUGUUAGUACUAUUAUUAGUCAUUAUAUUUAGCAUAAAUUCAUACCAAGGAAAUUCUUAAAAUUAAAACUGUGGAUGUAUUAGUGCAAGUGCUUUCCUUUAUAAUAAGGAAAAACCAGGGACGUAAAUAAUAAUGGGAUGACAGGAAAUAAAGAUUCAUGGAAAAGGUUUGGCGUCGAGUUGGUCUCCAUUCCUCCCGGAAGAAGAGGGAUGGAAGCGGGACUAGUCGGGAAGUGACUGCUCCCGUUGCGGCUCCCCAGGAGGUUGAGUACCAGAACAUUCAUACUUUGAGAACAGCUGACUUGAUUAGGCAAAGACAGGGCGAGGAGAAAUCUACAUUACGAUCCUCGUACAUUAUAAAGAACGGGGAUAAUUUUAUUUUGGUUGAGCGUCGUCGGCGGCGACGUCGGCGAAGCGGCACCAGGGCUUCGUCAGGUGGAAGACACCACACUCCGCCUGUAGUGGAAGAUAAUACAAGGACUGAGCAAAAACGCCGGCCGCCUGCUCGAUUGAAGAUCUUUGGAAUACAAUGGCCGUUGCAUUCUAGCGAUUCGAGGCACACCUCAAUCACCCGGAGAUUCUGCCGAGGAAGGCGAUCCCGGGAAGACAACGAACUGUACAGAUCCAAUAGCUUCAAGUUCGAGAGGUUCACACGGGAACCACCGGCUGAUGAGUUCGCGUCUGGAUCUCAGGCUGCUCUGUGUGCAGACUACAGCGUGCCCGUGGACUGCGUUGCCGGCCCCGCCCCGCGCCCCAGCUCCUUCCAUGAGAUAUCAGCUCCUAAAGUCGAGUUUAUAGAAGCCUAUUGCACACCGAGAGACACAGCGCGUCGCUCUCCGCAAAGAAGUCGCCGGUCUAGAGAACCAAAGCGAUCACCAGACACAAACAAAUGGCGUUACGACUCCCGCCGGUCUAAUUACGACUUCGAGUCUCGUCGCGCAUACGACUACGAGUCAGGCCGCAGAUACUACGGCAGAGAGUUAGACGGUGACUCAGGACGACGCGUGGAAUUUGACGCUGAGUCAGCACGGCGACGCGCGGACUACGAGUCGGCGAGGAGGACAGACUUUGACUUGUCAGCGCCUGGUGUCUCCAGGCGUAGUCCUGAAAGUGCCCCUGAAGGCACAGCGGAGUCCCCCCCGGAACCCGCCCCCUCUGCCCCACUGAGACACGAGAGACCCUCGCACCACAGGUCUCAACCUUAUUACGAAUCAGAAUCAUCGUCAGAAGAUCGAACAUCAUCUACAGAGGAAGAAGACGAAUUCGGUGAAUUUGAUCCGUUUGCGACAGCACCGUCGCUACAUUCACCGGACAGUGGUCGCUCUGAUCCUAGAUACGCGAACGCACCCCGUCGGAACCCAAGUCCAUAUUAUUACGGAGACUUAUUCAAGACUGCUCCUCCAGCGCCUACCCCUUCAGCGCCCACCAUUUCCACUACAUCAUCUUCACGUGGUCCUCGUUAUCGCAAAUCAGCAAGUUUGGAUGCCCCACACGUAGCGCCAAAGCCUAAUUUACCAAAACGUUUUUCUGUCGCCGAAGAUGGUUUCCGUGAGUUAGAACGGUCAUCAUCUUCGUCCGGUGAGAGCACGUGGAUGCCGCCAAGGCGCCGCGGGCGCGACGCGGCCGGCUGCGCGUGCGCCGCGCCCGAAGAUGUAGAGGAGCAUCAUUCUUCUCGUAGCGUCUUUUACGUGCCGGCACCGCUGCCCCGCUGGCCGCAAGAGAUGACCACCCGUCAGAUAUAUGAGACUGCAUUUGACUGCAAAAUAGCAAAAUCAGAUGAUGACUUGGAUGAUUUCGAUCGAGUUAGCAACCACCCAGCGCUUCUACAAGCUGAGGAGCGUAAGGUUAUUUCAUCUGCUUCUUCAGCGUUUGAAGCUGUCGAGCGGGGUGAGCCUGAUUAUAAAGGACGCCGAAAGGUGACAAUGAAAACAGAUAGCGUAAGGCGCUCGAAAAUUCCUACUAUCCGCCAAAAAAGAGAAAAUGAAGGAAAUUCGUGCGUAUUGUCUGAAGAAUUAGAAAAAAUACACAUUGAAGAAGAAGAUCGUGCUUCAACCUCUCAAUUGCCCCUAAGGGGUUACACACCUUCACCACCCUCAACAGCUCCAUUACCAACAAAAUUUCAAAAAGACGGAUCUGCCAUGAACAGCAUUAAAAGUGCCCCCAACCUCCCACAAACGCAACCGGCACACCCCCGUCUCAAAGAUUUAAGAUUACCUGUAAAGUCGUUACGUGCUCGGGAUACCCCAACAAGCAGUGAUGCGAGUAUGGCUGAUGUGAAGGGCUCAGCUUCAACAGAACUCGAUAUCGGACAACGCCUUAGGGAUUCUAGCCGCGAGUCCCGUGAUGGUGAUGAUGAGAGGCAAUCAAAAGACGGUAUUUUUUUAGAGAUUAAGGGCCGACCCACCUCCGAUUCUGACACAUCUGAAUUGAAUCGGUAUUCGGGGCCUAAGGGGGUCGGUCCUAUAAUGGAGUUUAAGGGAAGGCCCAGUGUGACUCGUCCAAGACGCAAGUAUUCUAGCACUGAAAGUAUGGCAACUAGCAGCAGUGGAGGCAGUAUGGAGUCACUAAGAAGUAGUAAUAGUGAAGGAGACCGAAGUAGUAGUAGUUCAGAAAGCCGUCAUUCAUCCUCUCUUAGUUCACAUAGUUCAGAUUCAGGAAAUGUUCCGUUUACGAAGUCACAUCACAUGCAGCUGUCGGGGUUUGGCCACCAUCCGAAUAAGUUGCAUAUCUUAAGUCCUAUUUCUGAUAAGUCAUCACAAGAGCCAGCGUCAGAAACUUCUGACAAUAACAAAAAUAAUAACUCACAAAAAGUAUCACCUGAAGAUGUUGAUACUGGAAACAAUACAAUUCAAACAACAGUAGAAAUUGUGGCCAAGCCCAAACGUCGUGCUUUACAAAACAGGAACCUUUUAAAUUUAACUUUUAGACAUUCAAUUACAGGGGACUCUGAAAUUCAGGGUUCAGAUAGUGGUAUAUCAAUACAUUCAAGAGAAGGCGUAGACUCUAGAAAUGCAUUUACAAAUUUCAAAAGUAAUAACACAGAAGAGUCUCGAAAAGAUGACGACGUAGACUUGUCUGACUUACCUUUCGACAUGCCAAAAUUAAGGAGGCGACGAGCUGAAGCGGAAGCCGACCUACGAUCCUUGCCAUUUGAUAUGCCGAAACUACGGCGAAAAUUACGAGGACAGUCAUUACAGCUAAAUAAUGACUUUGAAGGAGCCAUUUCUAAUGCUUCAUCGAGUCAAAGUGCCGAAGAUUUGAACCAAGGUAACAAACAUAGGCCAAAACUGACGUUGAAUUUCGACAGCGGCAGCGGUGGUUCUGGCAGUUCUAAGGGCUUGCAUUUGAAUUUGGGACCCAUCGCCCCGUCGCGAAACCUCGUAGAUGCUUCACUUCCACUCGAUCGCCAGGGGUGGUACCAUGGAACUUUAUCUCGAGUUGAAGCUGAGGGUCUGUUGAGAGAUGCAAAUGAGGGAGCAUUCUUGGUUAGGAAUAGCGAGUCCGCAAAACACGACUACUCGCUUAGCUUAAAGUCAACUCGCGGUUUCAUGCAUAUGCGCAUUUGCCGCGGCGGCGAAGGCUAUACCCUGGGCGGAGCAGCGACGGCCUUCCCUUCAGUGCCUGCGCUGAUGAAGCACUACGUUACAGCGCAGAGGCUCCCGGUACGCGGCGCAGAGCACAUGGCCUUGUCCACUCCACUGCAGGCUGUCUUACUUUGAAAACCUUUCGUUGUCAAGUUAGGAACCAACUGACACCGCAGUGGACUGCGUACACCAACUCUUUGAAAAGGUUGGAGGUAGAAACGGAGCAGAUAUAGGGCGCCCAAGAAUGACGGCCGUCAAAGGCCCUAUAUCCAGGGGAAUAUUUUUAUUGUACGUAUAGCUUUAGUGACCCAGUAAAUAAUACCAAAGAAUUUUAAGAAUACGCUAAGCGAUAUGUGGCGAGCCGGGCUUUUGUACAUUUUAAUACUAACUUGCACUAUAAAUUGUGUUACGUAUAUGCUAGUCUGAAACCGCAACAACCUGCUAUAUUAUUUAUUCGCAUAUAAUCAUUGUUUCUCUAUAUAUCCAUUGUAUCUACAGGCAUAUUGUUUAGGUACUUAUGCUUGACAUUACUCACUCAUUUAUCUUAGAAGUUAUCAGUGUAAUAAAGUUGAUUACUCAAUGAUAUUGGAUAUCAUGAUUGACGCAAACAGAAUGAAAAAUGCUACCUAGUUGUUAAUGAUAACCGUAUGUUACAGUGCUAUAAAACGAUCUUAAUGAAUCACUGUGCUAACAGUAUCGCACUGAUAUAAUGUGUGUGUUAUUUUGCAUCUGUAUAUACAUUUAAUAAUUUCUUAAGCAUGGCCUAAGUAUUUAAUCGAGACGUGUUAAUAUUAGUUUCUGAACAGAAAAAGGGAAAUGUGUAAAUUGAAUUCACAUGAAAAUAACUUGGAAAUCGUAUGAUAUAAACAAGGUCAUAGUUAUUUCAAUUAAAAAUGUUGUAUUCAACAAAAUAUAGAACGGAAACCGUCUAAGAGUUUAUAGUCUUUAACUCACUGGAGUUAAGGUUUAUAUUUGCUACGAAUAUAAAAAAUACUUGGUGACUCAUCCAACAAGACGCAGUCACGAAAGUGUAUCGAUUUUAGUACUAGUACGUACGACGUAAAUGACUACUAUCAUAUUUCAAGUCGCUAUUCAGCAUUAUGAGGAAUAAACAAUGAGUUCCAAGUUCAAAUGUGUACUUACCGAACAAGAAUCCUUUUUAAACGAAGAAUAUUUAUAUUUUUAUUCGUGGAAGUUGCCAGUAAUAUUUACCAAUAGUCGAAUAGCUUUCGUACUUUCAAUUCGAUGAAUGUAAGGUAACCCCAAUUAAAUGGCACAUAUUUUAAGACGAUAGAGAAAAGAAUGCACGUGUUAUGUAUGACCACAUUGACUUAUUUAUAUUUUUUGUUAUAUUAGAAUUAAGUAGGUAUAUGAAAUGGUAAUAUGGGGGCCCUUUGUAAUUUUACUCUAGAAUAGUCUUCGCUGUACAAAAUCAUUCAUUUUCAGCAACAAAUACAAUUUAAAAAUACAAUGAUGAUGUGCAGUGAAAUUAGUUCUUUCUGUGAUUUUGAUUUUCAUAAGAUAAAAGCCAAAAAAAUGUUGUGUGUAAAAUUAAGUUCGUUAUAUUUAUCUAUACUUAUUGAUUUGUUCGACAUCCAGAAUAUAUACUAUGUUGUUAUUUAAAACAACUCGAUCUCAAUGUAUCUUCCUGGUAGUUUCAGUUACCUUAGAUUUAAUUUGAUUUGUACCUGAUUUGAUUCAAAAUGUGUUAUUUGAGACUUAAAAAUUCAGAUUUAUUUUGUUAAAUGAAUAACUUAGAUGCUGUAGUAAUAUUUAAUCGGUAGAUGUGUACGAGAACGAGCGAAUUUUGAUGUUUUGUGACAAUUUUUAAUGCCCCAAAUAGACUCGCGUAGCGGUUUACGCCGAGAAUUUCCCUAUAUGUGUAUACUAAGAUUACAUGUCAUAUACUACGUGAAACCAUCAAUACUCGCAUUUCGCGGUGCACGCUGACGUUCGUGCCGCGAGUCUAUCUUGGGCUUAUAUGUACGUAAUGACCGAACCACCGCAAGGCAGCUUCACGGCGCAAAUAUGCAACUAAUUUUUAACUAAUGAGUUUUAAUGUAGCGUUAAGAUACAAAAUAUUUUCACAUAAGUUACUUUAAAAAAUGUUUUGUACGUUUAGACGAAAAAGAAUCGGGAAAGAUUUAAAUCGAUUAAGUGCAUAUGAUGCGAUGAAAUUAUCAUUAUCAAUAACAAAUAUAAUCUUAUUAGUGAUCUAUGUGAAAAUAUUUUUUUAAUUAUUAUAUUAUAAUGUAGCAUCGCUUAAUCGAAUGUAGGAUUAUAUGUAACGAAAAAUAGUUAUUUGAGAUGUCAAGAUUUGAGGUGUCAAAAUUUUUCAACAAAAUUAGGUCGGGAUUCGUGUUAGGUAAAAACCAUAGCGUAUAGUAGUUAUAAUCAAUUGUAAUUUUGAAGGUGUAGUUUGAAAUCGAUGAUGAAAUAAAUUCACUGAAAUAUUAAA